GGAAUUUUUGGACCAUUAUAAUAACACCUCUUUGCCUUCUCCAUUUUCACACACACACUAAAAAAAAAGCUCUGUGAAUUAAUCGAUAAUGGCGGAUCAGCUCACUGACGAUCAGAUCUCGGAGUUCAAAGAAGCUUUUAGCCUAUUCGACAAGGAUGGAGAUGGUUGCAUCACAACUAAGGAGCUUGGAACCGUGAUGCGGUCAUUGGGGCAGAACCCAACUGAGGCUGAGCUUCAAGACAUGAUCAAUGAAGUUGAUGCUGAUGGGAAUGGGACCAUUGACUUCCCUGAGUUCCUUAACCUGAUGGCUCGCAAGAUGAAGGACACUGAUUCUGAGGAGGAGCUCAAGGAAGCUUUUAGAGUGUUUGACAAGGAUCAGAAUGGAUUUAUCUCUGCUGCUGAGCUUCGCCAUGUCAUGACUAACCUAGGUGAGAAGCUUACAGACGAAGAGGUUGAUGAGAUGAUUCGUGAAGCUGAUGUGGAUGGUGAUGGACAGAUCAACUAUGACGAGUUUGUCAAGGUCAUGAUGGCCAAGAGGCGAAUGAAGAUGGUACAAAGUAAAAGUAUGAAACCCAUUUCACAGAGCAAUGGAAGAAAAGGCCGAAAGAGAGAUCGAUGCAUAAUCCUUUGAUC